GGGAGAUGAGACGGGAGGACAUUGGCCGAGAAUGUCCCGUUCUAUUGGCAGUGUUCGUCAAUCAGGGGCAGUGCCGAUCGACAUUGCUUUCUGUCUUGGACGGCGCCGUGCUCAUCCGAACCCUGUCUCGAUCUCGCCUCAAAGCCGACGACCGCCUUCCCCCAGCCGCAGGCUUGACCGACACCUCUGCCCAUCGGCCGAAUCCUUCAGCCCAGCAUGCUGCCUGCCAGUGGUCGAUGUCCCCGGUUCACGUCUCAGCGACUAUCGGUCCUCUCGGCCCCUUGGUCAAGACACUGGAGCCUCUAUUGCCUGCCACUUCGUCGACAAUUGCGCUCAGCAGCCCACAGCGGCGCUCAAGGGUCGCAACAGCAACAUGCGAGCUUCUAUGUCCUCCCGAUGUUUCCAUAUCCAUCCGGCAACCUGCAUCUGGGCCACACCCGGGUCUACACCAUCUCGGAUGUCAUCAGCCGGUUCAGGAAAGCACAAGGAUUCGAGGUCAUUCAUCCCAUAGGCUGGGAUGCCUUUGGUCUCCCUGCCGAGAAUGCUGCGAUCGAUCACGGCAUCCCUCCGCACGAGUGGACGGCCGACAACAUCGACAAGAUGAAGGCCCAGAUGCACUUGAUGGGCGUUGAUUUCGAUUGGACUCGGGAAAUCCGAACGUGCGAUCCUGCAUACUACAGAUGGACCCAGAAGCUCUUCCUGGAUCUGUUCCAAAGCGGCCUUGCGUACCAAAGGGAGGCCCUCGUCAACUGGGACCCGGUCGAUCGAACUGUUCUGGCGAACGAGCAGGUGGACGAAUGCGGCCGAGCAGAGCGCUCCGGUGCCUUGGUCGAGAAGCGGCAUCUCAAACAGUGGUUUUUCAAGAUCACAGAGUUUUGCGAGGAGCUUCACCGCGGCCUCGCCAAGGUCGAUUGGCCUGCCAACGUGAUAAACAACCAGUACAGGUGGAUCGGACGAAGAAUGGGCAUCGAGACUCCCGUUGAUAUUCUGACCCGGGACGGCACAAGCACUGGGUUUACAGCGCGAGUGUUUGCCGAGGAUGUCCAGCAGCUCCAAGCAGUGUCCGAGAUCUGGAUCUCGGCCGAGCAUUCUAUCUUGGAGUCGAGCUGGAUUUCACCAGAGCUUUCAGCUCAAAUCAAAGAGCGCAUACAGCACCCAGCCGGUCGCGACCCGAGAGAGCCGGGGCUGCGGGAAGCCCUUGAACUGCCGCUGCUCGCACGGCCGAGAGGUGCUGGUGGGUGUGUCCCUGUCAAACUGGCACCGCCGACUCUGUCCGGGAACCUGAGCGACGACGAAGGACUGCCUCACGCAUCCGGAUCCGGGACCGCUUCGUGGACAGGGCUCCCGGUCAAGCCGUCUGUCAAGUAUCGUCUCCGCGACUGGCUCGUCUCUCGGCAGCGCUACUGGGGCACACCGAUUCCCAUUAUCCACUGCACACACUGCGGGCCAGUUCCCGUUCCUGAUGAUCAGCUUCCGGUCAUCCUCCCGACGGAUCAUGCCCUCGACAGGGAAGGCGGAUCGCCUCUCGCACGGCACGAGGACUGGAAGUCGUGUCGGUGUCCAAAGUGCAAUCGAGAGGCAACCCGAGAGACCGACACCAUGGACACCUUUGUCGACUCGUCAUGGUACUGGCUGCGCUUCUGCGACCCCAACAAUCACCAUGAAAUGUCCGCACGGCACAAGAGUGCCAGCUUGCCCGUGAACUUGUAUGUCGGCGGCGUGGAGCACUCAAUCAUGCAUUUGCUGUAUGCGCGGUUUGUUGGAAAGUUUCUGCAUCGACAAGGAGUCUGGGCCGGAUCGAGCACGGACGGGGAGCCGUUCCAGAAGCUGCUUGCACAGGGAAUGGUCCAAGGACGAACGUGGAAGUGCUCCCAAUCUGGGCGGUAUCUCAGACCCGAUGAUGUCGUCAUCGACGGCAGCGAAAUGAGGACUCGCGACGGACACCGAGCUGUAGAGUCGUGGGAAAAAAUGAGCAAGUCCAAGUCCAACGGAGUCGACCCGGCCGAGAUUAUCAAACGGCACGGGGCGGAUGCAUUGAGGCUGUACAUUCUCUUCAAAGCACCUCCACAAGACGAUCUUCGUUGGGACGAGCGCGCCAUCGUAGGCAUGGAGCGGUGGAUGGUCAAAAUGAAGCAACUCUGCGAUGCGGCUGCCGCACUCAAGCUCCAGGGUCAACAGCAUACCAGACAGAUUCGUGAUACCACCGUGACUGAGUCGGAGUCGGAACCGACGCUGGUGGAUGCAACGAUCCGGUCGGUGACGACCCAGCUCCAGGACACGUAUCAUUUGAACGUCGCCAUCAGCGAUCUCAUGAAGCUUACGAAUUGGCUCACGGACCAGCAAGCGCAGCUGCAGGCCGCAGACAGCCCGAGUGUACAAGCAGAGGUGUUUGUCUCUGGUGUGGAGGAUCUGAUUCGGAUGAUCACGGUCUUUGCGCCCACACUGGGAAGCGAAUGCCGACGACAGCUCGACAUCGAUGCAACAUGGCCUCGAUGCACCAGCACACAAGCAGCCAAAGUCCGGGUAUCGGUGAAUCUGCUAGGCAAGCCACUGGGAGCGAUCACUCUUCCCCACGACGAGGCCGAGAACACUGAUCUGGUCAUCCAGAGGGCGAUCGACGAGGCCAAAGGCAGGAUCCAUGGAUUCGACCCAGAUGCCUACCGUGUCGUACUGGGCAAGGAUGGCCGGGUCGUCAGCUUCGCGAAGCGCAAGCAGUAGAUGACGGUGGCUGCGAUGCAACACGGCCGGCGCAGAACGAAGCGGACAAGUGCUCGUUCGUGCCCUCUUCACCCCGGCCACUGCAUGCGAUUGACUUGGAGAGCACCGUGCCGAAAUACAGCGUUUCCAAAAUGAAACGGGACACCCCCCCCGUUUUGAGCCAUACUGUGUAUUUUUCUGAAACUUGAAUACACACCCACCCACUCAUCGC